CCUGUGUGUGUGUGUGUGUGUGUUUGAAGCUGAAGCUGAAGCUCAUUCACCUGGACUCACCUGUGCAGGUGAGCAGUGAUUGAAGCCAUGGACCAAUCACUGUCCAGUGGGCGGAGUCAUGUGAGCGUGCUCAGUUGUUUCCCGCCCUCUGUGGGCAGAGACAUUGCUGUUGCUGUGGUGAAGCCCCUGAGAGCUGGCCUGGGAAACCCUGACACCCGCAGCCUUCUGCGCACAGACAGACAGGUGAAGUGGACGAUGGAGGUGUUGUGUUACGGUUUGACCCUCCCAUUGGACGGUGACACCGUCAAACACUGUGUAGACGUCUACACUGAUUGGCUGAUGGCCCUGGUUUCCCAAAGAGACUCCAUCCCUCCUCCAAUCAGCAGAGAGCCCAACCAGUACACCCAGAAGAUCCUCCGACACCUGUACAGCCUGUUCCUGUCCAGGUCGGACCAUGCCAGUCUGGCGUUCCUGUCUCUCUGUCAGCAGGUGUUGUGUGCAGUUCAUUCGUUGGCCAGAGACAGUGCUGUGAUGAGCAGAGACACCUGGGAGACUCUGCUGAACUUCCUGCUCUGCAUCAACCACACCAUGCUGGCUACAGGCGGUGUGUCAGAGCAUCUGUCUCACCUGUCGAUGGAGGUGCUGUUCGAGGUUUGGUUGCUGUCUUGCUCUCGGUGUUUUCCGUCUCGCUCUCUGUGGCAGAUGGGCCAACAGACGUUGAGCAGCUGCAGACAUCAGCUCGCAGUGGUGGAGCAGUGGAGCCGAGUCAUAGCCGCCCUGACCUCCAGGUUGUUGCUGUUGACCCACGGUCCGUCCUUCCCUCACUUUAUAGUCCCAGAUGAAGACGCUGCUCUGAUCCCUGCCGACAUGAACGAACACAGAAUCCCUCAGACGUGGUUCAGGUUCCUGCACCUGCUCAGUAACCCGGUGGAUCUCAUUCGCCACGUGGUUAGUUCGACUCCUUCCUCCCAUGAAGAACCAUCAAGAGGAGAAAAUCAGUUGCCAAACAUCUUCUUCAGAGCCAUGAGAGGAGUCGGCACGCUGGUCGACGCCUUCCUGGGUGUGACUGUAGUCACCAAAGAACCAUCAGAGCUUCUGCAUAACACUGGACUUACAUCAAGGAUCCAUUUCAGAGACCGGUUGCCUUCUCUCGGUGUUGCUGUUACCAGGAGCCCGUUCAGAGACCGCCACCCUUCUCACGGUAUCUCUCGACCUCGUUCUGGCAGUGCCCCACCCAUCCCGGUGAACAUACUGAGCGUGCCCAUUUCUCCUCCCACCACCACGUCCCCCCCUCCACACAACAAACAACUAAAACCUGUGAAUGUUUCCAAGGCAACGAGCAAACCCCUUGCGGCAUCUUCCCCCCCACAUCACUGGAAGUCGUCCUCCCCUCCUUCCCUCUCCCACCAACCUCUGUGCUCCUCCCCCAGACCCUCCCCGUCCCCACUCAGGUGUAACGUGGACUCCCUCCUCCACCUGUUCGGCGACUGGCUCUUUGAUGCUGCUCUAAUCAACAGAGACUCUGGUCUGCCCGCUGGUCACAGUGAUGUCACUGCGAUGUCAGCGAGGUGGACGGCUGGUAGAGCCGAGGCCUGCGGGACGCUCUGCAGGAUCUUCAGCUGUAAGAAAACUGCAGAGGACAUCCUGUCCGUCUACCUGUCCAGGUUCUACCUGGUUCUCCUUCAGGGUCUGCAGGUGUCGGAGGAGGUGUGUCCUCCCGUUCUGGCCUCCAUCCUGCUGAACUCCACUUGUCUGUUCUGCUGUGACCUCAGAGGAGUCAACCUGCUGCUUCCUUCCUUCAUCUCAGCCGUGGAGAAAGUGCUGCUGGACAGAGAGCUGUUGAGGUAUAAGAGUUUUGUGAGUCCGGUGGAUUUGAGGCGAGCCUCCAUCCUGGUCCUGCUGACUGUGCUGCCCCUCCCUCUGCAGUUUGGAUCUGUCCGAUCAGAGGUGUUACUGGACAGGCGCUUCAAUGGUGAUGAUGUCACAGGAGGUAACUUCCUGUCCCUGAAGCCCCGCCUCAUCGGUGUUCUGAUUGGAGCUCUGCAGACAGAGACAGACACCUCCAACACACAGAUAAUACUCGCGGCCAUGUUGAACCUGGUUCAGGACUCGGCUCUGUCAAUGGCUGCAGUACAAUUCAGCAGGUGAGUCCACUCACGUGGAGCCAGUAGACCCAGAUGGACCAGGGGAACCAGUGGACCCAACACAGCAGAGAUCCUGUGGGUUCAGUUUGUGCGUCUGCUGACUCAGCGAUUGACGGCACAGUGGAGGACCGACUCAGCAGUUUGUCUCUCUGCACUGGAAGUACUGGGAGGACUGGCUAAGGUGGAGGUGAGUGUGGAGGAGAGUGAGAGGAGGCAGGUGAUCACCUCAAUCUGUUGUUACAUCGUGUUUCAGUGCAGUCGUCCUCCUCCGCUUCACUCCAGAGAUCUGCACUCCAUCAUCGUCGCUGCUUUCCACUGUCUGAACGUCUGGUUAACUCAACACCCCGCCAUGCUCGACCACCAGGAGUGUUUGUUGGAGGUCCUGGAGAUAGUGGAACUGGGAAUCUCAGGCAGUAAGUCCAGACAGGAAGAGGAAGUGAAGUGUAAAGAGGAGAAAGAACUGAACCCGGCCUCUCUGAGGGUGAAGGAGGCCGCAGAGGCCACGCUGAGCUGUGUUAUGCAGGUUUCGGGGGCCUUCCCAUUCCUCGGAGGCCUGCUGGGUGAGGACGCUCUGAUUGGCUGCUCCACUUUGAGUGACAGCAGUAUGAAGAAAUUCAGAUAUUUGGUGGUGGACCGAUCAGUCAUCUUGGCCAUGCUGGAACAACCACAGAGACCUGAACAGGCGCCAUGUCCGUCACUCACAGUGCUGAUCAGAGGACCAUCAGGAGGUCACACCUGGACUCUACAGCUUCACCUGCAACCCAGAGAGGGAAGAACAGAAACACAGCAAACUCAAAUCCCAGAACAGCGCGGUGCAGCCCAGGAGGAUGCUGGGAUAAGAUGUGGUGUCAAACAUCAGCUGUUUCCUGAACACAUUGACAGAGUUGCUUUCGUUAAAGCAGAUCUAAGUAUUCCAACUCUGCAGGAGACUGUUACUGAGGAGAUGCAGCACCAACUGGAGCGUCUUCAAGCAGCGUUGCAGAGGCAGCGACAUGUCGAAGCUCGGCCGCAAGUAAGCGGACGCUCGGUUGUCAUGAACACCUGCAGGCCGCCGCCUCCUAUUACCAACUUCCAGACAGCGAGACUCUUCCUGUCCCACCUUGGCCUGCUGACACCUGAGACCUUGAAGAGUCCAGGUACCAGCGGUGUCCCAGCUCAGCUGGUGUCUCUGGACUCGUCACUUCCAGGUUUCUCUGAGGAUCUGAGACGUCUGGACCAACUGCCGUCCAGAAACUGUGACUCCGCCUUCAUCUUCUACAUGAGAGCAGGACAGAGGACAGCUGCUGAGAUUCUGAAGAAUGUGGAGUCCAGCUGCAGCGUCCAGUCUCACUUCCUGGACUUCCUGUGGUCUCUGGGUCGGCCAAUGGAGGUGGGACGACGACAGGGGGGCGGGUUCAACACUAACAGUUCAGAAUUCCCUGCUGUGCUAGGUGACAGUGGAGGAGGCGUGUUUAAUGGAGAGAGGUUUGUCCUGAUGUACACCGACGCUCUGACAGAGAUCACCUUCAUCAUACCCUCAUCAUCACACAUGCCUGAUUUGUCGAAGAGUCCCGAGGAGGCGGAAACUCCAACUAGGGUGCCAUCAAACCCUCAGAGUCCUUUUGAUCCCAGCAAAGACUCCAGCCCUAAGCCAAGUAGUUCUCCGGUUGAAGACAUGAAGUCUUCUCGUUUUGAGCUGUCGUCUGUUGGCUCUGAAUCUAAACUCCUGAUAGUCUGGGUCGAACGCUUCGAGGAUAUCGAGAGUUUCCCUCUAUCGGACCUUCUGUCAGGGACGAAGACAGAAACACCGACCAGUGUGUCAAACGUCCAGCUGAUCUUCGUACAUCCCCUGAAAACUGGACUCUACCGGAUUUGUUUCCAUGGAAACAUCACCAGCAAGUUCAGUUUGGUGGUCCCAUUGGUCAACGGGAGUGUCGUCAGCAAGAGGUCUUUGGGUUUCCUGGUCAGAGAGACGGUGAUCAACUGUUGCCAUCGGCGACGGCUGGAGAGCGACUCCUCCCCCCCGUCCCAUGUCAGAAGAAAGCACAUGAUCAAUGACAUCAUCCUUCGUUAUCGCAAGCGCUGCUCUGAGCCUGCCUUUUACGCCGCCCUGUUCCAGGACCCCUGAACCCCCAUGACCUUUAACCUCCCUGACCAACCAGCUCCUCUGUUACCAAGCCAACCUGAUGUUUUAAUUUGUGUGUCACCUGAGAGGUUCAAUAAACUUUGUG